AUGGCGACCUUCGGCGUAUUUGGGACCUCGAGGACUCCAACGUCUGCACGGCGUCCAAGCACCAGCAACGGCCCUCCCACCUCCCGCAGCGGAUCUGUUUCUAGCUAUACGACUUCGAAAAUUUCCUCCUUCGGUCGCAAGUCGUCCUUCUCGGCCGCCAAGAGCCCCAAGAAACGAAACAACUCGGCCGUAAUCGAUCUCCCUUCGGAACGGCGCACCAAUUCUUCGUCGACCAGGUACACCGACAACUAUCCCCUUCCUGCGCUCCACCCCGCGAGUCAGGACGAAUCGCAGCCGAGGUCUGCAGACAGCUACGUUCAGGUUGUGGACAGCGCGGAGGCUGCGCAGUCUCCCCCUUCGCCCACAGAUUCCUUCACUUCUACGACACCGUACACAAACAUGCUGGUCAGGCCUAGUACAGGCUACCAGUCUAUAACAUCCAAUGGAACGCCCGCGUUUACAUCUAUGCAGCCCCCGAGUCCGACCUUGGAGACAAUUACAUACCAGCAUAUCCAGGAGACCUCAUCAAAGAGAAUAUCAACGUUAGACUACUUGAGAAAAGCACAUGAUGGGCGUGUUUACUGGUUCAAUACGUUAUUAUUCAACAAGCCGGACCUCCAGCGAAUGCCAUAUUUCGAUUCCCGCAAGCUGGCCCGGCGGGCCACGAAUUAUCUCUUAUUAGGCCUGUCUCUCCCAACGAUUCUCGAUCUCAAUUCCUCGAACCCAAUAGAGUUUUUGAAAACCUUGAAUGCUCUCCUAGCAGAAUUCGAGUCUUUCCAACAAAUGCACCCACCGGACGGUUCUUCCUCGUUGUCCCGAGGUCGAUUUCCACAGAUGUUCAAGCGUGCAACUACAACGGGCAGUAAGGGACGGAGAACAAGCUCGGCGGCCGAUAUUGGUCUUCCAAUGGGCAACGAUUCGUUUGACUCGAAAUCCACAAAUGGUACCAAUGCCUCGGGAGGUACAAAUUCAGCAACAUCAUUCCCAAUCAGCGAGAUUGACCUGCUUCCCGGCGAGGAAUAUACAUAUUUAUUAACACCCUCCUUACCAUUUGAUCCGGAUUUCUACGAAACGUUUGCGACAUUGUGUGACGUGCUUAUUGAUUGUUAUACCAGGCUCAUGAGUCUGGUGGCUUCGCCGAGGGAGUGCAGUCCAAGUGUCGCGGAAAUGUUCACGAAGGCCGAUGCCAGGGUUCGGAAGAUUAUUGUGCAAGGCGUGGUGAAGGAGUUUGAAGAUAGUAGUCGGACGGGCGUUAAGAGCGAGGUGGCUGGUGUUGGUCGAGUUGUCUUAGGUGGGUUAAUGUGA